AUGUUUAGAUUCACAGCAAGACCAUUGAUUCGUUCAAUUAAAAUUUCACAACCUAUAACAAGAUCAAUCACUCCAAUACGUUUUUAUGUAUCACCACCAAUCACAAGAGAUGAAAUAAUUAAUAGAGCUUUUGAAGCAUUAAAAACAGUAGGUUCGAUUCAAGAAUCUAAUAUUACUUUAGAUAGUUCAUUUCAAAAGGAUUUAGGAUUAGAUUCAUUAGAUACCGUUGAAGCCUUAGUUGCAUUGGAAGAAGAAUUUGAUUUAGAAAUUCCAGAUAAAAUUGCUGAUGAUAUCAAAACUGUUGGUGAAGCUGUUGAUUACAUAGUAAAGGAAGAACAAAAAGAAUAA